UGUGUGUUUAACCACAAUAUGGAAUCAACUGAGAAAGCUUGUAAAGCAUCUGCUAUUAUUGUACAUAGUUUUGAUGCUUUGGAGCAAGAAGUUCUGAAUGCUCUCUACUCAAUGUUUCCUCGUGUUUAUCCUAUCGGCCCACUUCAAUUGCUUCUCAAUCAAGUACCUGAAGAUGACCUAAACUCCAUUGGAUGUAACCUGUGGAAAGAAGAGCCUGAAUGUCUCCAGUGGCUUGACUCCAAGAAAUCCAACUCGGUGGUUUAUGUGAAUUUUGGCAGUGUAGUAGUCAUGAAUAAGGAACAGCUUAUUGAAUUUGGAAUGGGACUUUCUGAAAGCAACCACUCUUUUGUAUGGAUUAUAAGGCCUGACAUGGUCAUUGGGCAGUCAGCUAUUUUUCCAGCAGAGUUUAUGGAAGAAACUAAAGAGAGGGGCUUUAUUGCUAACUGGUGUCCACAAGAAGAAGUCCUUAACCACCCAUCAAUUGGAGGCUUCAUAACACAUUGUGGAUGGGGUUCCACAAUUGAGAGCAUUUCUUCGGGGGUGCCUAUGCUUUGUUGCCCAUUCUUCGGGGAUCAACUAACAAAUUGUAGGUACACAUGCAAUGAGUGGGGAAUUGGAAUGGAGAUUGAUAAUGAUAUCAACAGAGAAAAUGUGAAGACGCUUGUAAGGGAGCUGAUGGAGGGAGAGAAAGGUAAGAAAAUGAAGAAGCGAGCCAUGGAGUGGAAAAAAUUAGCAGUGGAGGCCACAGCUCCAAAUGGUACAUCAUCCAUGAAUUUGGACAAGCUUAUAAACGAAGUUCUUCUGUCACGAAAUUAAGUCAUCGCUCAAGCUUGAGCCAUGGUUUUCAAUUUGGUUGUUGGUGCUAUGUGUCUAUUGAUUUGGCAUUGUUGAAUUAAAGCAUUAAUCUUCAUGGUUGUUCAACUUUCAUUAUUCUCAACAGGACAAAACAUUUUCUUUA